AUGCUUUCCCGAGCAGCAGUCCGCGCAACUUCCUCCACGGUCUCGAUGGUCGCCUCUCGGCGAGCUUUCUCAACCACCCGUGUUCAGCUCUCCUCACCAUACCAUUACCCAGAGGGCCCACGAUCCAACAUCCCAUUCAAUCCAUUGACGAAGUGGUUUGCUCUUAGAUACUGGUCCUUCAUGGCAGUCGGGUUCGGUACUCCUUUCGGACUUGCAGUCUGGCAGACAUACAAGAACCAGUAG